AUGAAUCCUUCACUGUACAAUCUACUUGUUUUGUUAAUUGUCGUCUUCCUAGCUCCAGCGUAUCCCGGAGCUGAAAUUAUUGGAGGUCAUGAAGUUGAACGGCAUUCAAGACCUUAUAUGGCAUCUCUCCAACUACAUUUCAGGAACCGUUCAUUUGUUCCCUAUUGUGGAGGAGCUUUGAUCAGACCAGACUGGGUACUAACUGCAGCACACUGUGAACAAACAAUUGAAUCAGACCAGAUUCUUCUAGCAGUUCUUGGAGAUCAUUCUCUUUCAAAGCAUGUGAGAAGUGAACAAAGACUGCGCAUCAUCAAACAGAUUCCCGUUACAAAACUCAACAAUAGGACCAUGAAAGAUGAUAUCAUGCUGCUGCAACUCGAGACUGAUGCAAAAAUCAACCAGGAUGUGAAUGUGCUCAACCUUCCCAAAGGAGGAAUCACCGACAUGAAAUCUGGAACAAGGUGCACUGUGGCAGGAUGGGGAAAAACAAAAAUAAACAAUUACUCUGACACACUUCAAGAGGUGGAGGUCAAGGUAAUUGAUCGCAGAGAAUGCAACAGCAUGUGUUAUUACAAUCAGCAUCCUAAAAUAACCAGGAACAUGAUCUGCGUUGGUGACAGCAAGGGCAGUGUAAAUGCAUGUCAUGGUGAUUCAGGUGGCCCUUUGAUAUGUGACAAAAUGUAUACUGGGAUUGUGUCCUUUGGCACUAUAGACUGCCAAUAUCCUGCAGUGUACACUUUACUAACAAAGAAAUACAUUGAUUGGAUUCAGGAUACAAUUGGUUGACCGCUGAAGAAUGCUGAAGAGCUGUACUGAGUUAUCACAAUCCUGCUUCACUCUGCUUUACUUACACUGAUGCUCAGUUAAUUGGCCUAGAGGGCCGGCU